AGACACGAACAUGCACCUUCUGAUUCAAUACACUGAGUUUAUUUUGUAUUUCUUUUCUAUUUAAAUCACGGCUCUUCAUCGCUGCUGCGUGGCAGCCUUAUCCAUGGCAACGAGAUGGCCUCGGCGUCGCUCGUGCACCGUGGGAUCUCGGUUGUGUUUUCCGGGACGUCUGAGAUGACUCCCCCGGCCUGCGGGUGCUGUGCGGCGACCACGCCGAGGCCCGUGGGGGGGAGACCCUGAAGGGCAACUCGUGGUUCCUGCUGCGGCCUCCGCGGUGAGUCCCCCGGUAAGUGACGCGGCCUCCGCGGUGAGUCCCCCGGUAAGUGACGCGGCCGGCCGGUGAGUCCCCCGGUAAGUGCCGCGGGGUGGCCGGUCGUCUCCCCGCUCCUGUCUCCUCUGCAGCCUGCUCCGCUCCACACGGACCACUAAGAACUUGAUCCCCUCUAAUCCACUCAUCAGGCUGUCGGCUGCGACGCAGUCAGGCGCGCGCGCACAUUUAAUUCGCUCUUUUAUUUUGGAAACUGAACCGAUUUCUUGCCUCGAACAUUGAUCGAACAUUGAUCGAACAUUGAUCGAACAUCGCGUGGAAGGUUCCUGAAUGAUCUCCUGACUAAAGAGCUGUGAGUCUUCCACGCAGACAUGGAGGAGCCCGGUCUCCGACAGCAGAAGCUCGACAACCAGCGAACCCUUCUGAUGAAGAAGCAGCAGAAGAAGAGGCACGACUCCCAGAUGGUGGUAGCCAAUCGGGAUGCUCGGCACACGAGUCGGAGGCCCAGAGCCGUCCGCUGCGACGAGACGCCGCUGCUGAGCGCCGCCUCGCCCAGCGGCGGCUCGCUGGCCGAUCAAGUUGAACAUGCCCACGACAACCCGCUGGACGAGAUCACUGCGGGAGGACGGGACGCGGCAGCAAGCCGGACGGCGGAGGAGACGCCUUCCGAGAGCCACGUCACCGCCAAGACAAUGGACCUAGAGAGAGACCAAGAGGAAGAGGAGGAGAGGGAGGAGGAGGAGGAGGAAGAGGAGGAGGAGGAGGAAGAGAGGGCGGAGGGGGAGAGGGCGAAGAAGAAAGAAGGGAAAAAAGAAAAAGCCAGACAGAAGAAUAGCUGUGAUGAAGGUGAAGAGGAGGCCGAGAGGCCCGUCCUUCAAUCGCUGAAGAAGAAAACACAGCUGGACACAUCCAGGUGCCAAAUAAGUGAAGAGAGCAAAGACGAUGAACCCCGAGGAAAGGUGAAGAAGGAAAAGAAGGCAAAGAGAGCGGAGAACACGACGCAGAGUCUCGCUUCCCUCAACUCCAGCUGCAGCUCGUCUCAUGAGAGAUCGACCUCUCCGAUGUCGGUGGAGGAUCUGGAGGUGUUCGCCCUGCGCCCGGCUCCCAGAGACGUGACGCUCCAGUGUCGGAUCACCAGGGACCGGAGAGGCGUGGAGAAGGGCAUCUACCCGACGUACUACCUCCACAUGGAGAGGGAGGACGGCCAGAGGGUGUUCCUGAUGGCCGGCAGGAAAAGGAAGAAGUGCAAAACAUCCAACUACCUCAUCUCCACUGAUCCGACGGACCUGUCCAGAGAGACGCGCUGCUACGUCGGGAAACUAAGGUCCAAUGUUCUGGGCACAAAGUUCACCGUCUAUGAUGGAGGUGAGAACCCCGAGAAGAAGCCCUUCAUCAAAGAGUGUGAGUCAGUGCGGCGAGAGCUGGCGGCCAUUUGUUACGAGACCAAUGUGCUGGGAUUCAAGGGUCCUCGCAAGAUGACCGUGGUCAUCCCCGGCAUGUUGGAGGACGACCGGCGGGUCUCCAUCCGCCCCCAACGCGAGCCGGAGACUCUGCUGGCCGACAGCAACACGGAGCGGCUGGUCACCCUGAGGAACAAGAGCCCGAGCUGGAACGAGCAGACGCAGUCCUACGUGCUGAACUUCCACGGCCGCGUCACCCAGGCCUCCGUCAAGAACUUCCAGAUCAUCCACCCUGACAACGAGGAUUACAUCGUGAUGCAGUUUGGGCGAGUAGCGGAAGACGUCUUCUCCAUGGACUACAGCUUCCCCUUGUGCGCCCUGCAAGCGUUCGCCAUCACGCUGUCCUCGUUCGACGGUAAACUGGCCUGUGAGUGAACAAGGUGGGGACGACGGGGGAACAGGUCAGAGGAGCGGCUCCCCGUCCUGCUGCUCGGGGUCGCUCUGCAUCCGGAGCACCGCAGCACUGAAUCACGACCAGACGGAGCCCUCAGAGGGGACUUGUGUUAGAGCUCCAGUCUCGUUUCACAGGGAAAAGAAAGGACAGUUUCUUUUUAUAUUUAUAUUUAUUUAUAUAUAUUUAUAUGACAGGUAAAGGACUCCUGUAAUUACAAUAUUAAGGAAAACUGUGUAAAUACUACCGGGAAGUAUUAAAUGAUUACAAUAAAAGAUUUCACAAGUC